CAGUGAGAGGCACACCUCAGGGUCUCCUGCUGUCUCUGGAGGACCUGUAAACAUGAAGCUGCUUCAGGUUCUCAUGAUUUUGCUGUUUGUGGCACUUGCAGAUGGUGCACAGCCCAAAAGAUGUUUUAGCAACGUAGCAGGCUACUGCAGGAAGAAAUGCAAAUUAAUAGAGAUAUCUGAGAUGGGAUGCCUGCACGGGAAAUACUGUUGUGUUAAUGAGCUGGAGAACAAAAGGGCCAAAAAGCACACAGUCGUUGAGGAGGAGCCAGUCAAAGCCAAAAAGAACCCAAAAGUUCAAGACUAUCUGCUCCUGCCCACUGUCACGUACUAUACCAUCAGUGUCUGAAGGAACCACUUGUUCACGAAGGCCGUGGUCCCCUGAAGCCCCGUGGAAUCUAGUAGGCUGCUUCUGUCCUAUCUUUUUCCUUCUGUGAACUUGAUUCUGCACACAAUAAAGUUCGACAUUUUGCCUGUAUCCACUCCUUGUCUCUGUGUUAUAAAUGUGAGUGACUAGCUGCCGAGUUGUGUUUUACCUGUGAAAUAGGGGCAUAGAGGUUAAAUGAACACUGGAGGAGGUGGCAGCAAGUCUCUCCACAUUCCAGCCAAGAUGGUAUUUCACAGAUUUCAAGUAUUUCUCUUCAUAUAAAAAAAUUUAAAAAUAACUGUAGACAUUU